AUGAAGUUCGGCCACGCCUUCCAAGAGGCCCUGGCUGCGGAUAGCUACCCGCAGCGCUGGGUGGAGAAGGCCAUCCCCUAUCGCCAGCUCAAGAAACUCCUGGGCAAGGUUCGGGAGGAGCUCAUCAAAACCGGCUAUGCCCCCGACACACUGCAUCGGCUCCUAGCGGAGCACCAUGCCGAGUACCGACUCGAAACCGACGCUUCUCAUAUGCUACGGCCGAAGCUAGUCGUGCGCCCAAGUCUGGGUGGGCCAACGUCGCUGGAACAUGCGAUAGAGCCUAGCGCUUUGGCAGAUGUGACUUCCUCACCACCGGAAGGCGACGGCACUAGCCUGCUCGAGCCAGGCCUCGACGCUGAGGUGCACGAUGACUACGACGACGACAAGUGGGUUAAGAUCCCGCUGAAUUCGGAUACCCGGUUUUUCGGUCUCCUGCAAACCGAUGUUACGGAGCUUGACACGCUCCAGGAGGAGGAGAGGCAGUCAAUGAACGACAGGAUCCACGCCCUCGGAACGGAGAUUGCCGAGGUGGCAAAGCCGCGCAAGGGUUUAAUCAAGCUUGCUAAGUCGGAUCUCUACCGGUGGCGCGAGAUCUUUGAGCUCUAUUUGGCUGCGCAGGUCUUCUUCUCUACGACUGAAGCCGCCGGGGGGGUGCGCAACAGCGAGAAGGCGCAGAAGCAGCUUGUCUGGUUCCAGGACGAGGUCAACAAGCGGCAGCUGCCGCAAAAGUUUAAGGUUGAGUCCAGUGGUGCUGCAUAUGCACAUUUCUUGGCUCUGAACGCGACACUGCUGCAGAACCUACGGUUCCAGGAGUUGAAUCAGACGGCAGUCAACAAGAUAAUCAAAAAAUUCGAUAAGCGAACUCAACUAGGGGUCAAGUCGACGUUCCCGAAGGUCAUGUAUUCGGCGCACUUCAUUUCCGAGGCCAUCUCUAAGGACAUUUGCGCCCAGUUGGCGCGUGAAGUGGUCAGCCUCGUUCCGCAAGUCAUGGAUUACUCGUGCACGAUCUGCUUCUCCAUCUGCUGGCUCCCUGUUAGGCUGGACUGCGAUCACCUGUUUUGUAUUCGAUGCAUGAUCAAGAUGCAGAACCAAAAUAAGCGGUACUGUCCACUCUGUCGAGCUGACGUGGUUCAGAAGGCCAACGAGAGUACGUCCUUCCGAAACCCUCCCAUUGUUACAAAUCGUCUGACUUUACAAAAACCAGCGCACAUCGAUGAGAAGCUGGUGCGCUACCUCGAGCGGUGGUUUCCCAAAGAGACCAGGGAGAAGCAAGUAUAUAAUGAAAGGGAGCGGCGCAGGGAGCUGUUUGGGGACAUCUAUGUAAACCCAAACCAGAACCCCCCUCAGUGUGUCGUGAUGUAG